AUGAAGCAAUUAUUGGCUCAACAGCUGGAGGUUCCAAAAUAUGCUAAGUACAUCAAGGAUAUUGUUGCAGAUAAGAGGCACUGGACAGGAUUUGAGACUGUAGUACUUGCUGAAGAGUGUGGUUCUAGAGUGAGGAGCAACAUUUCACCAAAGCUGAAAGAUUCGGGAAGCUUCACUGUCUCUAUCACCAUUGGUAACAUUGAGGUUGGGCUAGUAUUGUCUGAUUUGCGUGCUAGUAUUAAUUUGAUGCCCACCUCUGUGUUCCAAACGUUGGGGUUGGGUGAGCCAAGGUUAAAAACAGUCACUUUGCAGUUAGUGGAUAGAUCUCUAGCAUAUCUCGAUGGCAUAAUUGAAGAUGUUCUUGUUAAAGUGGUUCCAUUCAUUCUGCCAGUUGUUUUCAUCAUUCUUGAUUAUGAGGCUGAUAAGAAUGUCUCUCUCAUCAUAGGAAGGAGAUUCUUAGCUACUGUUGAUGCGGUUAUCCAAAUCAGAGAUGGGAAGAUGUCCAUGACAGUCGAUGGGCAAGAGGCUACUUUUGAUGUAUUUGAAGCAACCAGGCUACCGCCCCAUUAUGAAGAAUUUAAAUAA